AUGGCCAUCCCUUCACACAAGCUGUUUUUAGUUUUCAUGUCUGUUUUGCCUGUCUUCCUUUUCCUCUCUCCACACUCUUCUUUUUCCCAUCCAUUACUCUCGACCAGGUGUCUUUCCCAUGAAUCCCAGGCUCUCCUUCGUUUCAAAGCUGCCCUCAAUAUUUCCUACGACUUCAAUCUUUUCUACUUCAAUCUGACUUCGUGGGUGAAUGGAACAGACUGUUGCACCAACUGGACAGGCAUCUCCUGUGACAAUCACACCAACCACGUUGUCUCUCUUGACAUACGCUAUCUCGGUGCUGAAGGCGUGAUAUCUGAGAGCCUGUGCCAACUUCAUUUUCUCACAUCACUCACUAUAAGAGAUGUACUGUCAUUCCUCCCUGUUUGGGAGAUCUCUCUUACAUCAGGUACUGUCAUUCCUCCCUGUUUGAGAAAUCUCUCUUAUAUUCGCUAUUUAGAUUUAUCUCUCAAUAGCUUUAGUGGGAUGAUUCCCCCUUUCGUUUGUUCUCUCACCCGUCUUACAUAUCUUGAUCUCUCAUUUAAUAUGUUCAAUGGAAACAUACCCUCCUGCCUUGGCAAUCUUUCUUCUUUAACUGAACUUUACCUUUCUUACAACCAACUUAGUGGAAGCAUACCUACUUCUCUUGGAAGCCUUUCUUCUUUAACUAAACUUGACCUUUUUCAAAACCAAUUUAAUGGAAGCAUACCCGCUUCUCUUGGAAGCCUUUCUUCUUUAACUGAACUUCACCUUUCUUACAACCAACUUAGUGGAAACAUACCCGCUUUUCUUGAAAGCCUUUCUUCUUUAACUAAACUUGACCUUUUUUAUAACCAAUUUAAUGGAAGCAUACCUGCUUCUCUUGGAAGCCUUUCUUCUUUAACUGAACUUCACCUUUCUUACAACCAGCUUAGUGGAAGCAUACCCGCUUCUCUUGGAAGCCUUUCUUCUUUAACUGAACUUGACCUUUCUUACAACCAACUUAGUGGAAGCAUACCUGCUUCUCUUGGAAGUCUCUCUUUGUUGAGAAACUUAUAUCUUUCUAACAAUGAACUGAGGGGGAACAUUCCAGAUUCCUUAGGCAAUCUUUCUUUACUCCAGGUGUUGGAUGGUGUUAGCAAUCGUUUCAAUGAAACCAUCUCUUCUUCCUCACUUCCACCUUCUUUAGUUGUAUUAGGCCUGUCACUAAAUCACCACCAGUUGAUCUCAGAAAAUUUCUUUCACAAGCUUACAAG